AUGUUCGUCCUGACCGGCAUUGCUAGUCUUCAGGUCAUAUGGGCUGUCUACUUUGCCCAUGGAACAGCCCAUCUCCUCAGCCUUGGCUUCAGCAAGUCUUCCAGUGCCCUGACUCUGAUGGCUGGGCCAUUGUGCGGUGUUGUCGUUCAGCCGUAUAUAGGAGGGCUUAGUGACACAUAUCGCUGCUCUUGGGGACGACGUCGUCCAUUCAUCUUUUUUGGUGUCGUCGGGGUUUCUCUGUCAAUCAAUCUCUUUGCAAGCUUAGUGGACGCCCACAUAUACUUGGAGGGGUGGUUCCAACUGGAACCUACAAGCUCCCGAUGGAUAGUCAAGCUCCUUGCGGUACUCUUGGUAUAUACCUUAAAUAUCUCUGUUCAGCCGGUACAGAACGGCCUGAGGGCUCUAGUGGUGGAGACUCACUCUGCCCAUGAGCAGAUUCAAGUCAAUGUCUGGACCAGCUAUAUGAUUGCUGGUGGUAAUAUUAUUGGGUAUUGUAUGGGCACUGGCCCAGCCAUAAGCCUCCUUUCAUGGUUAGCCAUGACUGAAUUCCAAAUGUUAUGUAUUUUGGCGUCUAUUUUGCUCACAUUGACAACGGUGGUGACAUGCCUGUUCACCACUGAAUACAACACACUUCUUACCAUCGAGCCAUGCCCCACCGAACACGCUUUAAGCCCACUGAAACACGUAUUCCAGGAGGUUCAGAGGCUGCCGUAUCUGAUUAGCAAAGUAUGCCGUGUGCAGGUUCUAGCAUGGCUUGCCUGGUUUACAUUUCUUUAUUACCAGACACUAUAUGUUAAUGAGCUUUACACCGGAGGUACAGUAAACACUGACUCAGGCAUUAAGAUAGGUUCUUUAACUGGUCUUCUAUUUGCCAUCACAAGUCUUAUCUCGUCACUUAUAAUUUCCAUUCUCCUUUGCUCAAAAACCGAAUCUGAGACCGAAAAACCCGCCAGGAACCAACGCUUCGCGGAGACAACAAGAAUGUGGCGUUUUGGUCACAUAUUCUUUGCUGCUGCAAUGCUCAGCACGACAAUGAUAAGAAACUGGGUCCAAGCCACUAUCCUAGUGGCUCUUGUUGGGAUCCCGUGGUCGAUAUCCUCAAUUGCACCAUACAGCCUGAUCGGAACUGAGCUUGCAGCAAGGAGGAAUUUCGAAGCCCAAGAGGACCCGGAAAGCUUGCAUCGUCUCCGUGAACAACAGGCCGGGACAAUCAUGAGCAUCCACAAUGUUGCAAUUUCUGCACCCCAAAUAAUUGCGGCCGCUAUAAGUAGCGGCGUGUUUUGGCUGUGUUAUCUGCUAGGUGUUGAGGAUAGUACGGUAUGGGUGCUGAGAUUGGGCGGCUGUGCUGCACUGGGGGCUGCAUUCAUGUUAUAA